AUGUAUAACAAUCAUAAAACAAUGUGUCUGUAUAUCAACGCUAUUAUCAUAUGUUUUUCAGUGGCCACAACAGCGCAGGGCUCCGGUCGGGGAAAGCAGGCGGACUGCGGGGACGAGCGGCGACUGCGGGCAUACCUGUGCGCCGAACGGCUGUUCUUCGCGGGCCAUAACUCGCGACUAUUGCCCGAAACGGACCUCCAGUUGGACGCCCACUGCCGGGAGACCCCGCGCCUAAUACAGUGCGUUAAGGACUUUACCGACCGGUGCCGACACGGGCUGCACCGGUCGGCCGCUACUGUCAUGUUGUCUACCGUACGGUUCAACGAUAGGAACUACUGUUUUCGGCCCGAGAAGAGGCACCAAUUGGUUGCGAUGGCCUCGUGUGGGAACGGCUUACGUGCGCACAGCAAUCGGUGUAUGAAUGAGUUUUUGUUGGCCCUGGGCAGGGCUGACCACGUGCCUGUCAAACGGUAUAGAGUGCCCCAUGGAUGCUGCGCCUUCUAUGAACUCAAGGCAUGUAUAUUGAAAGGGGGCGCACAGUAUAGUGGGCCCAGCGUUUGCACCAGCAAACAACUAGAUCAAUUGGACCGAUAUAUGGACGCUAUGGCUGGCAAUACACUGAAUAUGAUAUGCGGUGAUUAUGACCAGGAGUCUGACCGGUGUUCACGACUCCCACCACUGCCUUCCGACCCUCAUAUAAGACCCGCCGACUCACUGUUUCUCGUGGUGCACAGACACGGAGACCGGGCCGUCACCAAAGUCUACCGCAACGACCCCUACACCAAAAACCUGACCCAAUAUUGGUCGGAAGGGUUGGGCCAACUGUCACCUGAGGGCCGGUACCACAUGUACCGUAUGGGUCAAUACGUGCGGCACAAUUACCACAAGUAUUUAGGCGAUGAAUACAACCCGCGAGAAGUGUACGCUCGGAGUUCGGCCAAAACCCGGUGCCUGGAGUCGGCCGCCAGCCUAUUGGCCGGCGCUUACCCGCCAAACAACACCGACAGGCAAUGGGCUAAUGGGUCUGCGGCGGCAUUGGUAGGCCAGUACUGGCAACCAAUACCAGUGGAAACAUACCUUCCCAUGGAUGAGGACCGGGUGUUGCGUACGGAGGCCUACUGUCCGACAGUAGACAACGCUAUGGACGCCAUAGAGAGCUCCGGGAGAGUGCAACAGGCACUGGCCCCGGAGCGAGCAUUUUUGGCACAAUUAAGCAAGGUGUUUGGCCAAAGCAUCCAGACCACCCUUGAUGCCAAAAACGUGUAUGAUCAUUUAGUGACAGAGUAUGAUCGGGGUUACAAAUGGUCGGAUCAGGGAGUGUGGAGUCGUGAGUACGAGCGCCAAGUGUUGGCCAGACUUCAGCCCUUAACCCGACUUUUAUGGGUGACUGAAUGGGACAGUAGUGUUGUGGAGAGGCUUAGGGCCGGACCCCUAUUGGCCCAAUUGGUGGGUAACAUGAAUCUUGCUGUCAACGUUAACUCUACGGCAAACAGUUUGCGGCCAAAACUAUACUUGUAUUCAACGCACGACUCAACCCUUGCUGUGUUGAUGCACGCGUUGGGGGUGUUUAACAACGAGAUCGUCCCAUUGAGUGCCACGUUGUUUGUUGAAUUGCACCAGGGUCAAAGUGGACAGCAUUUUGUUAGACUUUAUUUUUAUAAUGAUUCACGUGUUGAGGCCCCGGAGCCCUAUGAGCUACGUAUACCUGAUUGUGGGGGUGUUAAUGGCUGUCCCUAUGCUAUGUUUAUUGAGGCGGCAAAUGAUAUGAUACCCACCGAUUGGGAGGGCGAGUGUGGUCUGACUACCGAUGCGAAUGAUCAGGUUGUCUAUUGGAUUAAUAUAGCGCUUGAUUUUUUCCAUGCGAUGCGAUUAUAA